AUGCUUCAGUUUUUAUGCAGAGAUAAACUUCGUGGUUGCAUUAUUCAAUUCGUUUUUCAAGGCAGUGUUUUGCCAGAAAAUGGAAUCACAUUUGGAGAAAUUCUUGACUUCAACAAUAAAACUGAUCCGGAAUCGCGUCUUUCAAACGGGACGAUAAGCUGGCUUGAAAAGCAGUGCGACUGUACCAUCUCUCCUUAUGUCAAUCGAAUUCUGCCAACAAUUUACUGCUUCCUCGUCUUCUUUGGAUUAAUCGCCAAUGUCGUCGUUUUUUACCUUACAGUUCAUCUUCGCAAACGCCAUGUUGUUGAUAUUUAUGUUCUGAAUCUUUGUGUUGCCGAUGGUUUGCUGCUGCUGUCAACAAUCCCGAAUGACAUCAUGGAGAAAUAUGGGAAUUUUCCUUUUCCUGAUAUUGGUUGUAAAAUUGUUUCGUAUGCGACGUUUAUCUUCAUGAAUUGCACGCGAUAUUCCGUAGUGAUACUUGCACUUGAUCGAUAUAUUGCUGUCGGGUGGCCAAUAUCUGGGAGAAAAUGCCGGACGCGAAAAUUCGCGAAUGUUUUAUGCAGUGCCGUUUGGACGUUCGCGAUCGUGAGCAGUAUUUACUGUCUUAAAUAUCGAAAGAAAGACAAGGGCGAGUGCGUUUGGGAUCUGUCGUCUCUGAUGGAGGACCAAAUCUCCCUAUCCGUAUUCUUCUAUGCACGGAUAACAAUUAUUUUCUAUCUUCCUCAAACAAUACUUAUUCUCCUUUAUAUCGCGAUCAUCGUAACAUUGUUGAGAAAUCAGGAGGAGUUUCAAGAAUUUAUAUAA